AUGGCAAAACAAUCAGACAAAAAAAUUGCACAAGAAAAUCUCAAGUGUCUUAGUAAUCUUAAAUGGGGAUUCAUCAUCGUAAAUGCGAUUUAUGUUUGCUUUAGAAUUUUAUAUCGUUUCGAGACAUUUGGAUUUGGGAUCGCCACGUUAUACUUUGUCACUUUGAGCAUUAGUAUGUUUUUAGGGGCAAAACUCAAAUCACUCGGAUCUCCCAGAUUUGGACCUGGUGGAAAUGUUGAAUGGCCAGGAACUGAUUUAAAUUCUAAAGGAAUGAUCGAAUACAUGUUCGAUAUAAUUUAUGUAACAUGGGCUGUCCACAUUGGGAGCAUGUUAUAUGAAGGAGUUUGGUGGUUUUACUUAUUGAUACCAUUAUAUGCGUUGUAUAAAAUCUGGACGCUUUUCAUACAACCAAGCAUGUUUUCAGGUAACGAAGGAACUAUUCCACCGGAAAAAAGCAAUCGCCAAAAAAAAAUGGAAAAACGGCAAUCAAAACGAUAA